AUGGUAGAAUUAUUGGAAAAGGGCUACAUUCGUGAGAGUAUAAGUCCUUGUGCAAUUCCUGCUCUACUAGUGUUGAAGAAAGAUGGGUCGUGUCAUCAAUUCAAAAUUGAGGAAGUUUUGAAUUGGUACAAGCCAAAAACUUUGCAUGAUGUCAGGAGUUUCCAAAGAUUGGCAUCCUUCUAUCGUCGGUUCAUCAGAAACUUCAGUACCUUGAUUGCUCCUAUCACAGAAUGCCUUAAAGGGCAUGAUUUUCAGUGGACCGAGGAGGCAGAGGCUAGCUUUCAUUUGGUUAAGCAAAAGAUGACGGAGGCCCCAGUGUUGGCACUUCCGGACUUUGAGAAGGUGGUCGAGAGGAAGUUCAUUCUUGUUACUGAUCAUGAGGCCUUGAAGUACAUCAAUGGUCAACACAAGUUGAGUAGGCGACAUCCAAAGUGGGUGGCGUACUUACAGGAGUUUACUUUCACACUAAGGCAUCAAGCAGGGAAUUUGAAUCGAGUAGCAGAUGCAUUGAGCUGUCGCACAUUACUCCUCACCACCAUGAGCACCAAGAUUGUCGAAUUUGAGGCAUUUCCUGAUAUGUAUGCGGCAGAUCCUUCAUUUGGGAAGAUAAUUUUGGAGUUAUACAUUCCAGAUUGA